GAUGUUUGAAUCCCUUCUUGUUCUUUGUGUUCGGAAAAAAAAGAUAGGAUUUUUUGGUUGUUUUCGAAGAGAACAGGAGUCGGAGUAGAAAGCAGGAAAGAAUGGUUUGUUCUAUCCUCUUGAUACCUCCUUAAAAUUUCUGACCCUCGGCGACUACGGAAGUAGAGGAAGAAGAAAACAGAGCCCAAAAAAAGUCUGUUUGCUUUUUUUUUUCCCAUUUAUUUCCCACUCUUGGAUUCUGUUUGAGCCUUUCCGGAAUGAUCGGUACCUACAGUCCGUGAUAUUGUUUUAUUUCAAUUUAGUCUUUUUGCUUUUAUUUAACGUGUUAUUGUUUUCCGGGGUAUUCGAAUCCCUUCUUGUUCUUUUUGUUCUAAAAAAGAUCGGAUCUUUUUGUUUGUUUUCUAAAAGAAUAGGAUUCGGUGGAGGGAGCAGAAAAGAGUGGUUUAUUCUAUCUACUGCGUACCUGCUUAAAUUUAUUGAUCCUAAGCGACUAAGGAGGUAGAUGAAGAAGAAAACAGAGCCCAAAAAAGGGGUUUUUGCUGUUUUUUCUUUUCAUUUAUUUCCUUCUCUUGGAUUCUGUUUGAGGCUUUCUGGAACGAUCGGUAGUGAUAUACUUUUAUUUCAUUCAAUCUGUGUCUAUUUCUCUAAACUUUCUCAUCUUUUACCUUAAUGACAUUUUAUUUCGGGGACAGAAAGGAGGGGAGGGAGAAAAAUCCCUUUCUUACGUCUCCAAAAUCAUGAAUUAUUAACAUCUAAGCCCUCGGCCAUCGCGAUUGUUAGUCAGAUUCAGUAGCAUAAAGCAAUCCGGCUCAGGAAUUUUCAAACUUAGCUGUCUGAAGCCUAAUAAUCCAUGUUACUGUCCGAUUGAUGCUACAUCUUAAUUUGAAUUGAAUGAUGAAGAUGGGGUUGGUGGUGGUGGUGGAUGCAGGUAUGGUGGUUCGAGAGCCACAGCAGAUCAAGGCAGUCUUCGUGGUUGUUGUCGACUCUUACGUAAUUGAAUUUAGAAGAUUCAGAAGACAAGCAAAUUCUGAAACUGAUAGAGGAAAAUGCUGACUCAUUUGCUCAGUGCGCGGCGAUAUUCUACAAGAAGAGACCGCAGCUUGUAAAUAUGAUUGAGGAUUUCUAUCAAGCUUAUGGUUCGUUGGCUGAAGAAUAUGACCAGCUCAAGUCAGGAUGUCGAACACGUUGCAGCACAUCAUUUGGUCCCUCUUUCUUAGAAAAAGGAUGGUUGCAGAAGGUACGGAACAGCUCAACAGAUGAGUCAUCCGAGCUUUCCUCGGAUUUUCUUGAUUCUGAGGAUUCUGAAGUUGAUGAUCCUGAACAAGAAGCUAAGUAGAGAGCAAGUUGAGUGAGGUGCCAGUUAAUAAGAGUGACUUAUGGUGUGGUGAAGCAGAUAGAGGAAGAACUAGAUGGACCUAAACAGGAGAAUGCAACUCUGAAGGCUGAGCUAGCAGAGAAAAAUGAAGAGAAGAGGGAGGUCAUCAGACAGCUUCCUUUACCCUUGGACAUCCUAGAGGAGGAAAAUGCUGAUUUGAGGAAGUGCAUCAAGGAUGCGAAGAAUUCGGGAAGCCAUUUUGAAUUCAAGAAACUUACCAAGAAAAUAUUCAUGGAAAUUAUUUACUGGACUCUCAAAGCCUCGGACUACAAUUGGGGCCCUCUAAUGAUUCCUCAAGUGUGACAUAACAUCUUUUGAACCUUCAUUGUCUCUCUAUAACAAAUUUAUAGGGUUAAGAGUGUGGCCUUUUCCUUGCUAGGCUUGAGUCGAAGCAGUAUGAUUUCAUAGAAGAUUCAUUGUUUUAGCAAUUCUUUUUAUGUAUACUCAAGAAGAUUGUGUGCUCUUGUACUGUCAGACCCAACCUUACAUGUAAUCUUUCCUUGUGAC